GCGCUUUGGAGUUGAGCGUUUUCCUUUUUUUGUCUAAAAACGUCCCUAAGCGGAAGCCGUAACGCGCGAGACACAGAGAGACCAAUAGCGUUUCCAGGGAGACCAUCUCCUUGAUUUGUCCCCGCGCGCAUGCCAUAGGUCGAGCGCGAGGGUUUUCCCGUUUUUUGUUUCCCCCCCCUCACACGGACUCCUCCUGUCCUAUUUGUCCCCACGCGGCUGCCGUAGGAGGGCUAGACAAGAAGGUUCUUUGCGGUUGAUCUGUUUGGUGUGUCUCCUCGUGUUGCCGUAGGGGCGCGCUAGAGAAGCUCUCCCCGCUUGCGCUGGAGGAGGCGCUGUUUCUCUUUGGUGACCUACAAAUGGCUCAGCUAUACCCUAGGAGUUCAUGUCAACCAAGCAAAGCAGAUGCUGUAUGACUAUGUGGAAAGAAAGCGGAAGGAGAAUUCGGGAGCCCAGUUGCAUGUGACCUAUUUAGUGGCAGGCAACCUCAUUCAGAAUGGACACACAUGCCACAAGGUUGCAGUAGUGAAAGAAGAAAAGCUAGAAGACAUGAAGUCAAAGCUGUCCACGGUUGCCAGUGUACAUGUCUAUAGCAUCCAGAAAGCCAUGCUUAAGGACAGCAGCCCACUCUACAGCACAGACUAUGAUAUCAUCAAAGCUAACCUGCAGAGCUGCAGCAAGUUCAGUGGAAUUCAUUGUGCUGCUGCUGUUGCAAGGACCACAGCUGAAAUGGCUCUGGUUGAAAUCCCAGCACCAAUGAAUUCCCAGCCACCCCUUGGAACAAAUGCAGUUGCUGCCCCUGGGGCGAAUGGCCAUGCCCCAAGUACUUCAUCAAAGCAGGCUGCCUCGCAGGCCAAGGGCAUUAUGGGAAUGUUUGCAGUGAAAUCAGCCACCAACAAACUCCAGAAUACACAGAAGGAAGCGAAACAGGAGGUGAAAGAGACACCAACUGCUUCUGCAACAAGCAGCAAGGCACCUGCUAAAGAAAACAUGUUGAACAACUUCUUUGGAAAGGCUGCAGUGAAUAAGGACUGCAAAGGCAGCACUGAAACUGAACAGCAAAAGGAGGGAAAAGCCACAGUCGACUCUCCAGUUUUUUCAUUGGAAGCCAAAUUGCCUCCUAGUGCUCAAGGUCUUAAGAAACCCAGAAAGAAAUCUGAGCCUGCAAAAGGGCAGCAGAAGGACAAGAAGAGAGCAAAGAGGGCAGAGAUUUCAGAUGAAGAGGAGAAAGAAGCUGAAAUUUUGAAGAAAAAGAGGCGUAGAAUCAGACAGCCUCAGUCUGACAGCAGUGAUGAUGAGGUUGUCCCAGAGUCACCUGCGACUCCUGAAGAGAAAAAAAUUUCUCCUGAGCCUGAGCCAGCUGUGAAGCCAAAGCCAGACCCUGUGAACAUGGAGACUGCACCAGGAGAGAAGAAACGGAGGCGGAAACGAGUGUUGAAGUCCAAAACGUUCAUUGACGAAGAAGGCUGUAUAGUGACUGAAAAGGUUUACGAGAGUGAGUCCUGUACAGACAGUGAAGAGGAGUUCCGGUCCAAACCCCCAGUGGCUCCCAAACCCCCUGCCGGGGCUAUAAGAAAAGAGCCCAAAGAAGAGAAGAAAGGCACAAAGAAAGGAGCAGCUAUGGCCAGCAAAGCCAACAGGCAAGCAUCCAUCAUGGGCUUUUUCCAGAAGAAAUGAGCUUCCACUGUAUUAUGAUUUGAAGACAUUGCUUCAGAGCAAAACACCACCUUGGAGGCACAUACUUACUGUGUAAGUGAGAAAAACAGGACAAGGACCCACAAGUGGAAAGCUUUUGCGGCUGGACUGAAUAGAAAGCAGCUGCUGGAGAGAAGAGGGUAGUGAUUUUAUGCCCCUGUUAAUUUGCUGUAUUGUGGCCUUUUAAGUGUGGGAGAUGCAGCACAUGGAUUAUAUUUUAUAUUUACAUGGCCAGCCUUUUUUGAGCUCUCCCUGCCAUUGGCUCAAAUCAAUCAAAUGAGGAUAAAUGGCCUGACCAGCUAUCUCUUUUCCCACCCUGAGCAUUUCUUUUUCAUGACGGUGAGUUCAAAUUACCUGGAGACUUUGAGGGCUGUUGUUGGGAAGGGAAAUCAUCUUUAGUUCUUCUAAGGGGGGCAGGAGCAGGCAUUGCUAAGCAAAAGGAUGUGAGUGGCUGCAGUAAAGGGUCAUGAGAAUUACAGCAACCCACCUGAGACCAGGACACCUCAUCAUUUCCCACUGGAAAGAAUAAGAUACUGUCUUUCAGAAGACCCCCACCCCUCAGUGCAUUUUGUGAUAUUAUUUCCAUACUUGCCUCUAGAUGCAGAAAAUGGUAGGAUGCCAUUGUAUUUAGACCGGGAA